UCUCUCUCUCUCUCUCUCUCUGUCUCUCUCUCUCUCUCUCUCUGUCUCUCUCUCUCUGUCUCUGUGUCUCUCUGUCUCUCUCUCUCUCUCUCUCUCUGUCUCUCUCUGUCUCUCUCUCUCUCUCUCUCUCUCUCUCUGUCUCUCUCUCUGUCUCUCUCUCUCUCUCUCUCUCUCUCUCUCUGUCUCUCUCUCUCAGUGGAGUGUGGUGGACGAGUUGGCCUAAAACAGCUGAUCAGCUGCUGAUCGCCAAACUGGGUGGACUGGAGGUUCUGAACGGCAGCAAGGUGCAUCCCGAGGACAGAAAGGGGGCGGAGCUCGACUACAUCAAGAUGUUUGGAGAGGAGUGGCUGAAGGCGGGCGGGGGGGCUCAGCCCGGCAGCGAGUUCACCUGUCAGCACCCACGUUACCUGAGCCUCAUCCACAAGUACGGAGCUCCUGAGGAAGGCGAGCUGAGGAAGCCGAAGUCGUUUGCCCUGAAAAACCAGCUGUUAAAGAUCACGUUUGUGUGUCCAGACGACGGCGAGCGGAAGCCGAUCGAGAAGAAACUUCCAGCCUCCAUGGAGGUCCAGAAGGUGAAGGGACUCCUGUACCGACUGCUGAAGGUUCCUGCUGCAGAUCUGAAGCUCACCUACACCAGCCUCAAGAAAGUUGGGACGGAGUUUGAGAUCGACAGCGACCUGAAGACUCUACAGUUUUACUCCAUAGAGGACGGAGACCAGGUGUUGGUCCGCUGGUCCUGAGCCGGGACCUGGACCCAGGAGGUGAAGAAAAUCCUGAAUAUCCGUAAAAUAAUCAGUUCAGUCACUGAUAGAAACGACAAAAUGAACCUUUCUGUCAGUGAGUAAACUGACUGUAUUUCAUAUUAUAUUCAAUGUGUAUCAAUAACAACAAGAGAUGUUAUUUUAUGUUUCUGUUUAAAUCGUCUGACAUUGAAAUUCAAAUAAAAAUCUGUCACUCAC